GUAGAUACGGACAAAACUGGGGAAACAAGACUUAUAGAGCUGGACGAGUCAUACAAGAGCGAGCAUACAGUUUUCAUAACACCACCUGAGAUCCCUCAUCUGCCAAAUGGUGAAGAGCACCCUCUACAAUACAGCUAUAAUGGAUUUCCAGUAUUAAAACUGGAUUUGUUUGAGCGACCUGAAGGAUUUCUCACAGCACCAAAUAACAAACUGUCCUCAAAAGCCAGUAGUCCCAACAGCCCGUCGCCAAUGUUCAGAAGAACUAAACAGGAAAUUAAAUCUGCACAUAAAAUUGCUAAGAAGUACUCUUCCAUACCACAGAUGUGGUCCAGGUGUUUGUUACGUCACUGCUAUGGUCUUUGGUUUAUCUGCCUUCCUGCAUAUGUGAAAGUGUGCCAUUCAAAAGUCAGGGCUCUGAGAACAGCAUAUGAUGUGCUACAAAAAAUGCAUACCAAAAAAAUAGAUCCACCUGAUGAGGUAUGCUACCGAGUACUCAUGCAGCUGUGUGGACAAUAUGGUCAGCCUGUGCUAGCAGUGAGAGUGCUUUUUGAAAUGCAGAAAGCUGGCAUUGACCCUAAUGCCAUUACUUAUGGCUACUACAAUAAGGCUGUUUUGGAAAGUACCUGGCCUUCAAGCAAUCGAGGUGGCUAUUUCCUAUGGAUGAAAAUACGAAACGUCGUUUUAGGAAUAGCACAGUUUAAAAAAGCAUUGAAAAAGCUACCAGCAAACACCUCGCAUGCAGCCAUUCCUGGGGGACUUUCAGACUUUGGCAAUAACACAUCAUUCAAAGAAGAAGCCAGGCAAGGGAAAACUUGUCUUCAAGAUAUACAAGAACAAAAAGAGGACAAGGAAGAGAGUGACUCCAGUUCUUUGUCUGAAGUGGAGAGCACAAAAGGGAGUGGUGACUGCCUACCUAAACUAAAUUAUCAGAACUCAAGUAAUGCCAAAGCUGCUUCUAGCAUAGUGCGGCUCAACGGUACAGUUGACAAUACCAUCGCAGAAGCUAGCGUGGAGAAAUCUGUAGGAUUGAUGUUUACAUCAUCUUUUGAAGAUGCCAGUGAAGGAGAAGUUAUAAAAAGUAAAUCCUUAAGAAAGAGACAUAAAAGCGCAGUAGAACCUGACUUAAGGGAGAUACCAUGGGAAGGCAGAAACCGUAACCUCAGUGGAGAUGGCUUAGUGGGACUCAUGCUAAAUAGAAUAAAUCAGGAAGCAAACCCUGGAGAAAUUGUUGAAAAACUGGGAGCUGAUGCCAAAAUCCUAUCUAGUGCAUUACAGAAAAGCAUAAGGCCAAAAACUCUUAAUAUCAGAACUUCCUCUUUAGGAUCUAAGAGAGAAAGCCUGGAGAAAGAAUCUAGUGAUGAAGAUGCAGCUUUUGAUUGCAGUUUUACAGAUAAAACAGAGUCUCCUGUUAUCUUUGAUCUGGAAGACUUGGAUGCAGAACCUGAAACAUCUACAGCAGUGAAAUCCUCCAGUGAAAAAUCUAGAAGGCUGCAAAGAAAGAGCAGCUUUCCAGUAAAGCCAGUUGAAAAGACAGAUGUUGAAACAGGAUUUGAUCCAUUAUCCCUGCUGGUUGCUGAGACAGAACAGCAGAAAGAGGAUGAGGAGGAUGACGAUGAUAGAAGUGUUUCUACUCCAUCUGCAAGGCGAGAUUUAGCUGAAGAAAUAGUGAUGUACAUGAACAACAUGAGCAGCCCUUUGUCAAGUCGUGCCCCAAGUAUUGAGUUGCAAAAACCCUAUGAUGACAGAAAUGCUAAUAAAAAGAGCCCAACAGUAAUCCAACCUUGUAGGAGGUCCAGCCUUCCCCCGAACUCCCCAAGACCAUCCAGUCUUACCAAAUCCAAGAGCUAUCAUGCAAAAAAUGAAGAAAGGCCAAGAGACAGGUUUUGGUCCUCCCCAGCUUAUUCCCCAAACAGUCCAGCAAAGGAACAGCCACAAGAUGCAACUAGUGCGUUAGCACUUGUGUCUUCACCAUCAUUCAACUUGGAUACGCUGUUAACACCUAAGUUGGAUGUUCUAAAAAGCAGCAUGUUUUCUGCUGGAAAAGGGGUUGCAGAGAAAGCUAGCAAGUGGUACUCAAAAUUUACAAUGUAUGCUGCAUCCUCAAAGGAUCAAAAUUCAGACCGAGCAAGUGUUUCAUCUCUUGGAGCUCUGGACUCAGAAUCUACUUCCCUAACUGAUGAAGAUGUGUGCAAUGAUUUUGAAAGUGCUUCUCCUCAGGAGAAUACUACAUCAGAAAUGAAGGGAAUUGGCCUCAGCAGGACAAGCCUAGAAAGCUCAGCUUCCCACGAUGGCUCAUCAAAACAAUUUGACCAGUGUGGUUCUCUUUCAAAGUUCCCUCUGCCUGACAAAUCAGAGUUGAUAUCUUCUUGCAGUACAAGCAGUACCAGUGUGUUUCAGAACUACGCUAUGGAGGUCCUCAUCUCAAGCUGUUCACGAUGCCGAACUUGUGACUGUUUGGUUCAUGAUGAAGAAAUCAUGGCAGGUUGGACAGCAGAUGAUUCAAAUCUCAAUACCACGUGUCCUUUUUGUGGCAAUUUAUUCCUGCCUUUUUUAAGCAUAGAAAUCAGAGAUCUUCGGCGACCUGGACGUUAUUUUCUGAAGUCCAGCCCUUCUACAGAAAACAUGCAGUUCCCAUCACUUUUUGCAAAUCAGAGUGGGAAGUCCUGUAACACUGCAGCUACUGUUGGUCUUGCUACAUCUCUAAUGUCUGUUCAAGAAGAUAUAAAUUCAAAUAGCAAAUCUAAGCAGCAUGACAAUAUUUGUGCCAGAAGCAUCCAGAUCCCCACAGGAAGAAGACAAAAUACUUCUGGGUCAGAAUGUACAAGUCACCCUGUAGCAAGGAGUAUCAGUACUUUUGGUCCAUUGGAAGAAGAUGAGAAGGAAAACCAGAAGAUCAGCCAUAUCAUUCCUACUGGUAGCCUGCCUGCUACUUUGCAAGGACCAACAGAUUCUUUGGGCCUAGAAUGGCGCUUACCUAGUCCUGAUCCUAUAACAGUUCCUUAUCUCAGUCCACUAGUGGUAUGGAAAGAGCUCGAGAGCUUACUUGAAAAUGAAGGAGAUCAUGCGAUAACAGUGGCAGACUUUGUAGAUCAUCAUCCUAUUGUGUUCUGGAAUUUGGUGUGGUAUUUCAGACGCUUGGACUUGCCCAGCAACUUACCAGGAUUAAUACUUUCUUCAGAGCACUGUAAUAAAAACUCUAAGAUUCCACGAAACUGUAUGUCAGAGGACAGUAAAUAUGUUCUUAUUCAGAUGCUAUGGGACAAUAUGAAAUUGCAUCAGGAUCCAAGGCAGCCUCUGUAUAUCUUGUGGAAUGCUCAGAGUCAAAAUCGCACUCUUUUGUUUGAGACCCAGAAGUACCCAGUGGUCCAUUUAUUGCAAAAAGAUGAUGACUCUUUUAACCAGGAGCUCUUGAGAAGUAUGGUGAAAAGCAUUAAGAUGAAUGAUGUGUAUGGACCAAUGAGCCAAAUAUUGGAGAGAUUGAACAAAUGGCCACAUAUUAAAAGACAGAGGAGCCUUUACAGAGAAAUACUAUUUCUUUCACUUGUUGCCCUAGGAAGAGAUAACAUUGAUAUAGAUGCUUUUGACAGAGAGUACAAAAUGGCCUAUGACCGUCUCACAGCUAAUCAAGUGAAGAAUACUCACAACUGUGAUAGACCGCCAAGUACUGGAGUGAUGGAAUGCAGAAAGAUUUUUGGAGAACCAUAUCUUUAA